AUGGCCGACAAGGGAAGUGCUGAGGCUCCAAGGGAGGCGAAGCUUGAAGCCCAGAUUAAAUCCGCAGACAUGACCGACGAUAUGCAACAGGAGGUCAUCGAAGUCGCUCAGGAAGCGAUGGGUCGAUUUACAAUCGAGAAGUUCGAUGAGCGCAAGGGUCCGACGUGGCACUGCAUUGUCGGACGCAACUUUGGAAGCUUUGUGACGCAUGAGACGAAGCAUUUCAUCUACUUCUACCUUGGCCACUGCGCCAUCCUCCUCUUCAAAACCCAAUAAUGGCGGAGCAACUGACCAUACGAUGACCGACCUUAAAAUCAGCCCGGAGUUCCCAUUUUAUCUUUGCCUUUUAGCUUCGAGGGACGCAGCAGCGCACGAAAGAAACGAGACUCUGGACCGUGGACGAGGAUCAAACGAGUACGGCAUAAUGCGAAUAUGGAGUCGCCUGUGUUCGGAAACGGAUUGGUCUGGGUAGCUUCAUCUAAGUGAGCUAUCGGAUCGACGUCGUCGAUAGAUAUAGUUCGCAGCGGGGCUGUUCUUGAGCAACUCGUUCUAGACAAUACCCAGUAUCAGGCCUGAAUCAUUUUAAGGUCAUGUCCAGUUCAGUAUGCGAUCAAACCUUGAGGGAACUGGCGAUGGCGCAAUAGAUGUUGCUCGAAGAAUCGAUCGAGCAAGCUGGGUGCGAGGUCCAUACCUACAAUGGAGGCCAAAACUGUACCG